AGGGGAGGGGGAAAGAGAGGAGGAAGGAGGAAGGAGCUGAGGAGGGAUGAGAGAGGCAGCCAGGGCCCCGGACCGAAGCAGCGCGGGGCCGGGGGACCAGGGGGGCUGAGACACCCCAACUGCCCCCUCCCCCUUCCCUGUCCCCCUCCAUCCUUUCCUUCCAACCUCCCGCUUGAGAAGGGGGAUAUAUUCAAAUUUUAUUUAAAUCCCUAUCUCCCGAGGGUCGCGCGCUGGGGGGAGGCGGGAGAGAGCGGGGGUGCGCACGGGCUGGGGGGGCGGGGCCGGAGCUGCUUCCUUCAUCCCCCUCUGCUUGCUCUGUAGCCGUAGGGCAGGGGACCGCAGUCCAGGGGCGGGCCCAGGGGAGGGGGGCAGGUUACAUCGACCCCCCCCUCCCCGGGAACCGGCGGUGGGCGGGGCUUGAACCCCGGAAACGGUGGGGGGCCCAGGCCUGGUUCUGGACCCCUGGGCAGUGGGGGCCGGGAAGGGGCCAGUUAAAGGGCCGGGGGCGCUGGGGAGAGGCGGGGCGGUGUGGGGGGAGGGGAGCUGGGACUCGGACCCGGGACUGAGUGGGGCCCGGGCAGAAGCUGAGCACCCUGCGCCCGAGGAGCCCCCGUUGGCCUGGGGGGGCUGAGGGACUGAGCCCCCCAGAGCAGGACCUCCCCCUGGAAGGGCCGCGCCGCAGCCCGUGGGAGGGCCUCGCCCCCGGCGCCCCCCAUCUCCACUCGCCGCAGUCCCGGCCUCCGCCGGAGGGAGGGGCCGAGCGCCCUCGGGGGGCCGUGGACCCCGGCGUUCUGAGCGUUCCGCGCCCCGCGCCGCCCGGCCCCCCCGCCGCCGAUGGCCGCCGACCCGCCGGGAGCUGCCGAGAAGGGAGAGAUGGCUCCCGGGACACGUGUGAGCCCUCGGCGUUGCUGACGCCCCCAAUGUCGUCGAGCAGUCGGGGGCCGGGGGCCGGAGCGCGCCGACGCCGAACCCGCUGCCGUCGCUGCCGGGCCUGUGUGCGAACUGAGUGCGGGGACUGCCACUUCUGCCGAGACAUGAAGAAGUUCGGGGGGCCUGGGCGCAUGAAGCAGUCGUGCCUGCUCCGGCAGUGCACUGCCCCCGUGCUCCCACACACAGCUGUGUGUCUCUUGUGUGGGGAGGCUGGGAAGGAGGACACAGUGGAGGGAGAGGAAGAGAAAUUUGGUUUGAGCCUCAUGGAGUGUACAAUCUGCAACGAGAUCGUCCACCCUGGCUGCCUGAAGAUGGGGAAGGCUGAGGGUGUCAUCAAUGCAGAGAUCCCCAACUGCUGGGAGUGUCCUCGCUGCACCCAGGAAGGCCGCACCAGCAAGCUUCCGUCUCCCCAGGAUUCAGGGGAGGGUCCAGGCCGUCGCAGGGCUGACAACGGCGAGGAGGGCGCGAGCCUGGGAAGUGGAUGGAAGCUGACAGAGGAGCCGCCGCUUCCACCACCCCCGCCCAGGCGCAAGGGGCCCCUGCCUGCUGCUCCCCCCCAAGAGGACGUGCCUGGGCCCCCUAAACGAAAGGAGAGGGAGGCAGGGAAUGAGGCCCCCACCCCAAGGAAAAAGGUGAAAGGAGGCCGAGAGAGGCACCUGAAGAAGGUGGGUGGAGACGCCUGCCUCCUCCGAGGAUCGGACCCAGGCGGCCCAGGCCUUCUGCCCCCCAGGGUUCUGAAUCCGAGCCAGGCUUUCUCGUCCUGCCACCCUGGGCUCCCUCCCGAGAACUGGGAGAAACCAAAGCCGCCAUUGGCUUCUGCUGAGGGCCCGGCGGUGCCAUCCCCGUCACCACAGAGGGAGAAGCUAGAGCGUUUCAAGCGGAUGUGCCAGCUGCUGGAGCGGGUACCGGACACCUCCUCUUCCUCCUCGGACUCUGACUCUGACUCCGACUCAUCAGGCACAUCGCUGAGUGAGGAUGAUGCCCCUGGCGAGGCCCGGAAUGGGCGACGGCCAGCCCGGGGCAGCUCUGGCGAGAAGGAGAACCGUGGGGGGCGGCGGGCUGUGCGCCCUGGCAGCGGGGGGCCCCUGCUCAGCUGGCCCCUGGGCCCCGCCCCACCACCCCGGCCUCCACAGCUGGAACGGCAUGUGGUGCGGCCCCCACCUCGAAGCCCUGAGCCCGACACGCUGCCUUUGGCUGCUGGAUCCGAUCACCCCUUGCCCCGGGCCGCCUGGCUUCGCGUCUUCCAGCACCUCGGGCCCCGUGAGCUGUGCAUCUGCAUGCGAGUCUGCCGGACUUGGAGCCGCUGGUGCUAUGACAAGCGUCUGUGGCCUCGAAUGGACCUAAGCCGGCGGAAGUCACUGACCCCACCCAUGCUCAGUGGUGUGGUUCGACGCCAGCCCCGUGCCCUAGACCUCAGUUGGACAGGUGUCUCCAAGAAGCAGCUCAUGUGGCUUCUGAACCGCCUACAAGGCCUGCAGGAACUGGUGCUCUCCGGCUGCUCCUGGCUCUCCGUCUCUGCCCUGGGCUCAGCCCCACUGCCAGCCCUGCGGCUCCUGGACCUCCGCUGGAUCGAGGAUGUUAAAGACUCCCAGCUCCGCGAGCUGCUACUGCCUCCACCAGACACCAAACCAGGGCAAACAGAGAGCCGUGGGCGGCUGCAGGGGGUGGCAGAACUGCGCCUGGCAGGCCUGGAGCUCACAGAUGCCUCCCUGCGGCUCCUUCUGCGCCACGCACCCCAGCUAAGCGCCUUGGACCUGAGCCACUGCGCCCACGUCGGGGACCCCAGUGUUCACCUCCUCACAGCUCCCACAUCCCCACUCCGGGAGACCCUGGUACACCUCAAUCUUGCUGGUUGCCACCGCCUCACGGACCACUGCCUUCCGCUGUUCCGCCGCUGCCCACGGCUACGCCGCCUAGACCUGCGCUCCUGCCGCCAGCUCUCACCUGAAGCUUGUGCCCGGCUGGCAGCCGCCGGGCCCCCUGGCCCCUUCCGCUGCCCAGAGGAGAAGCUACUUCUCAAGGACAGCUAGUGGGGCGCCCCCCACCCUCCCCCAGGACUUAUCAGGAGCCUGGACCUCCGGCUUUCAUUUCACUCCUGCUGGGAGGCCAGGUUACCCACCUCAUGACUUGGGAGUCCUGAGUUUAACGACUUGGGAUUCCUGCCCAGGGACUCAAGCCAGCCGCCCCCUCCUCUUCCCCCCUGCACUGAUAUCUCUGGGGGUUUCUCCUUCCCAUCUCAUCCCCCUUCCACCUGCUUCAUUGUCCAUCCCCUGGGGGGAGUGGGUCAGAGGUACUAGGGGGUGCUGAGCCAAAGGGAUGGUGGGAGGGGGGUUAAGGUGCAAGUCUGAGGGAGGGAGAAUGGGGAAAGAGUGUCUGCACACAGGAUACUGGGAGCUGGGGCUGGGGGAGGUGGAGGAUGGGUGGGGGGAGGGGGCAGAAAGCAGACCACCAAGGGUUCCGGGAACAAAGACCAGAUACUUGGAGGGGAGGGGGGAGGCCAAAAAGGGAAACCAGAGGAGCAGUUGGGGAUCCAGGUGUCUGAGGUAGGGAGACUCUGGGAGCCGGGGGAAAGCCAGGGCUGGGUCGGGGGUGGGGGACCAAGAGCAGGUGUGGGGCAGUAGUACCCCCUCAGAGGGGUCACCCCUCUCCUUUCCCCCUCCCCAGAUUUCAGUUCUUUUCCCCUGACCCUGACUCCUUGAACGUCACUGAAAAUGGCAGCUAUUGCAAGGAGUGGGGGCCACGGGCCUACCCGCUGUUCCGCUCGUGGCCCAGGGGAGUGGUGAGGGGUACCCCAGGCCCCUGCCUGCCUCUCCGCACAAUACUUGAACAUUCAUCUGUACUGAAGUGUUACUUGAACCGGGGGAACCUCGGACCUGGGGGAGCCGGAGUGUGAGGGGGACAGGACCAGCUUGUACUGAGACUGGACGGGUGGGCACCCAGUUUGGACUGCACCACCCGCAGGCUCUCUUGCUUUAUUGUAUCCAGCAGCUCCACCCCUCCUGACCUGAGUUGGGGGUGGGGGGGGGCAGCCCAAUGAUGGGGAAAAUGGGACUCCUCCAGCUUGGCUCUUCCCACUCUUUCAUCGUCAUGGAAACUUGUAUCCCAUUUGCCCAGGGAACUGCCACUCCUGGUUGCCAUGGAAGUAGCAGCCAAUGGACACCUCCUGAUGACAGUGCUAAGGCUGGAAAUCGCCCCUCUUAGUUGCCAUGGGAACUGAGUAACAGACUCUUGGCCUUCCGCCCCUUCCUCCGCUGUGGGGGCGGGGCUUCAGGACCAGAGGGGGGGCGUCGGGGCCAGGUCCCGGCCCUCACCGCGGGCCUCCCGGGGGAGCCGGGUUGUACCAUGUAGGGAAGGGGGGAUCUAUCCACAUACCUCAGGUAACAGGUGCGCGGGUGGGGGGAGGGACUGGGCGGACCAAAGGCCGGAGAGGAGGGGCGCCUGGGGGUCACGAAAGGCUUGAGGUUGGGGCGUCUUGGGGGAGGGGAGGAGGCAGCCCGGCGAGGGGCAGGUGGGGGACCCAGCCGGGCUGGGCCCCUGGGCCCCGGGUCUGUACAAUACGGUUUGCUAUAAAACUCAAAAUCUUCCAGCCGGG